CGCGCGAAGAUGACAUCACUCGGCGCGUGCCCGGGUAGCCUGUGGUAGCACCCAGUCUGAGGAAGUGGAGACCCGCGGGCAGGCGGCUGAGACAGGGGACUGAAAGUUGUGGAAUCCCAGUUUGUGACAUCAGGUGUUUUUGGGAAGCAGCCAUUUAUGACUCUGGAAGAUUGGGACUGAUAGGAAGCCCCUUCUGAGAUUUUACCAAAGUUCUUGAACAGUACUACCAUGGACAUAAAGCUGGAUCCCUCUCGAGAUGACCUGCCUCUCAUGGCCAACACCAGCCACAUACUUGUGAAACACUAUGUACUGGAUUUAGAUGUGGAUUUCGAAAGUCAAAUCAUUGAAGGCACCAUAGUGCUUUUCUUCGAGUCUGGAAACAGAUUCAAGAAAUGGAGUAGUUCCACCGAGGUAGCCUGCCGAUCAGAGUCAAACGAAGCCUGCCGAUUUAGGAUGCCUGAACCCUGCCAGAUUCCUGUGACAAGUACAAAGACCUUCUCAUCUAAAAUAGGAUAUGAUGAUUUUGUAAUCUGUGGUAAAGGUGGAAAAGACACUUCUGGGAAAGAUGGUAACCAUGGCAACCAGGAACAGGCUUCUGGGAUUUCUAGCUCCAAGCACUGCUGUGACACAGGGAAUCAUGGGAGUGAGGAGUUCUUGCUAGUGCUGGACUGCUGUGACUUAUCUGUGCUGAAGGUUGAGGAGGUGGAUGUUGCUGCUGCGCCAGGUAUUGAAAAGUUUACGAGGUCUCCCGAGCUCAGGAAUCAGAUUGUACAUGACCUCGUGGCUCUGCCUGCAGAUCGCUGGAGGGAGCAGUUAGACUGUUAUGCUCGCUGCAGCCAGGCCCCUGGCUGCGGGGAACUCCUGUUUGACAGUGACCCUUGGAGCUUACAGAUCAGGAAGACAGGGGCUCAGACAGCUACUGACUUUCCUCAUGCCAUAAGGAUACGGUACAGAACCAAACCCCAGGGGCGAUCAGUCACAUGGACCUCAGACCAGAGUGGCAGGCCAUGUGUUUAUACUGUGGGAUCUCCCAUAAACAACAGGGCCCUUUUUCCAUGCCAGGAGCCACCCAUUGCCAUGUCAACAUGGCAGGCUACAGUUCGAGCAGCUGCAUCCUUUGUUGUUUUAAUGAGCGGGGAGAAUUCUGCAAAGCCAACACAGCUUCGGGAAGGCUACUCAAGUUGGUAUUACUACGUCACCAUGCCAAUGCCAGCCUCCACCUUCACAAUUGCAGUGGGAUCCUGGACAGAAGUGAAGCCGGAGAUCUGCUCACCAAAUGAUCUGGCAAUAGAGAGAUCCUCCUCACCUUCUGAAGCUGACUUCAGGUAUGUUGGCUUUUGUGGUCACAUGGAAUACCCCUGCCGCUUCCAGAAUGCUUCUGCCACCACCCAGAAGAUCAUUCCUCAUCGGGUCUUUGCUCCAGUGUGCCUGAAGAGUGCCUGCCAGGAGACCCUUCUGCCGCUCAUCCCUCCUUGCCUCUCCGCAGCACACUCUGUCCUGGGAACACACCCAUUCUCCAGGCUGGAUAUACUCAUUGUGCCUGCCAACUUUUCAAGUCUGGGGAUGGCCAGCCCACACAUCGUCUUCCUCUCUCAGAGCACCCUGACUGGAAUGAGCCAGCUCUGUGGGACCCGUCUCUGCCAUGAAAUUGCUCAUGCCUGGUUUGGCCUGGCGAUUGGGGCUCGAGACUGGACAGAGGAGUGGCUGAGUGAAGGGUUCGCCACUCACUUGGAAGAUGUGUUCUGGGCCAAGGCACAGCAGCAGCUGGCCCCCCACGAGGCCCAGGAGCAGCAGGAGCUGAGGGCUUGCCUGCGCUGGCAUCGCCUCCAGGACGAGGUGCAGAACUCCCCGGAGGAAAUGCAGGUGUUGAGACCCAAUAAAGAAAAAACUGGCCAUGUGAGUGACUCAGGAUCGUCUGUCAUCAGACACGGGCUUAAUCCGGAGAAGGUCUUCAUGCAGGUUCAUUACUUAAAGGGCUAUUUCCUUCUCCGGUUCCUUGCCAAAAGACUUGGAGAGGACACCUAUUUUUCAUUUUUAAGGAAGUUUGUGCACACUUUUCAUGGGCAGCUGAUUCUUUCUCAGGAUUUCCUUCAAAUGCUGUUGGAGAACAUCCCAGAAGAAAAAAGGCCUGAGCUGUCCAUUGGAAACAUCUUCCGAGACUGGCUGGAGAGUUCUGGAAUUCCACAGCCGCUGCAGAAGGAGCGCCAGGCCCGGGCGGAGUGCGGGCUCGCGCAGCAAGUGAGCGCCGAGGUGAGUGCGGGCGACGCGGUCCACGCGCUCCCUCCCCUGCCUCCCCGGGCCGUGGGUCCCGCGUUGCAUCCCUGGCGCGGAGCCCGGGAUCGGCGGCGGCGGCGCGCGACCACGCUUCUUCCAGACCAGCUGGUCUUACUUCUGGAGCAUCUCUUGGAGCAGAAGACUGUGACUCCGCGAACUCUGCAAAGCCUUGAGAGGACGUACCACCUCUCGGAGCAGGAUGCCGAGGUUCGCCAUCGCUGGUGUGAACUCAUUGUUAAGCACAAAUACACAAAAGCGUACAGAGACGUGGAGAGGUUCCUUCAGGAGGAUCAGGCCAUGGGCAUCUACCUCUACGGGGAGCUGAUGCUGAGUGAGGAUCCGAGGCAGCAGCAUCUCGCCCACAGGUGCUUUGAGCUGAGCAGGGAGCAGAUGGACAGAUCCUCAGCCGAGGUGGUGGCUGAGAUGUUAUUUUAAAGAGGAAAGAUCACAGCGAGAAUCUUAUUCAUGCAUCUGCUCGUAGCCCCGGUGGGCCCAGGCUUGCAUGGACCCUGGACAUGAAAGGAAGAGCGAUGGGGCUGCUGAAGCCGGCAGUCAGUGGCUGCCUGCGCCUUGUGGGGUGACCCCCCCAAAGGUCCUCGCCGCAGAUCUUGUGUCAAGAGGCGGACCCUCAUCAGCAGUCUCCGUGGGGCCAUGUGAUGCCUUCAUGCCCAUCCUGGAUGAACCACUUCAAGAUCCUGAAUGUUAAUUGAGUUUCCCCAGUUUCCCCUUUGAGUUAAGUCAGUUCUUCCACCCAAACACGGAAGGUCCCUGAGGCACAUGGGAAAACUCACUGCACCUUCUCCACCCAUCCCUCAGCAUGUGGAUCUGCAUUUCCGCACUCUGAGAAAACCAGAGCUUGUCUAUUAGGCCCAAGGAGCUGCUGCCCACCUACUCAGAAUUACAUUGAUAAGUCCAUUAUUUAGAUUUUCAGAAGUUUUAAUAACUUUUGGUAGAAGUGCAGGAAAAGAUUCUUUAAGAUUUGUUGAUAAUAUAAUGGAUUCAUGUUUUUUUUUUUCCUUCUUCCUGUUUACUUCUGAAUUUAAUACUUAAAAGAGAAAAGGGUGUAGUGUCCGCAUUCUUGUCUCCUCCUCUUCUCACCUCCCUGGUUCCUCUAGUGUUCAAAGUGGUGCUGAUACUCCGGGAGGGGGCGGGGGGGUGCGUGUGCCUCCUGCACCUGAUAAAGGCUCCGUCAGGCAUCGCCGUACGCCACGGGAACCUGUGCUAAUGGUGCUUCUCUUUCCCACAAAUGUUUGAAGUUAAGAAUAGAAACUAAGCUUCCCGGGAUUGCCCAAAGGGAAGGGUGGCCUUAAAACACCCCAGAAGCCACAGUGGUUGGUGCAGGCACGUGAUGGAUGGCGUGAGGCUCAGCUGAGCGGGAGUGGACCCACCGGCCUGCGCCAUUGGCGCCUGGGGCCAGCCUGGGGGCGAUGGGCAGCUGAACACAGCCCUUCAUUAGACGCUCCUGACCUUCAGAAUUAUGUAACAGUGACUGUCGUUUUAGAAAGUUUCCUGAGGGUUGAUUCUCUGCUCUUACAUGUCUUUGCAUAUGUUGCUUCUGUGUGCUUUGUUUACCGUGUCGGUAUAAUAAAAGUCUGAUUUUUAAAUAGGAAUAA